CAUCCCCUGCCAGAGAACCCACCCCACCGCCACCUCCACAACCACCAAGGGUGCUGCAAGAACAAGCCCUUAAUGCCAUCACAGAUGAAUGGGAGCCCAGGUUGUUUCCAAGGAAGAAGGGUUGGGAUUUCUUUUUGAAGCACAUAAGGCGAAAGUUCAUUCCAGAAAGGGGAAUCGUUAUGGUCACCAUGCUAUGCAAAAGGGCAGGGGUGACCUUCCUGCACACAGACGCAGAGAGCAACUUGCAGCAACCAUUAAGGAUGCAUAAGUUGGAUCAGAAACCCCCUGGUGCCUCAUCCGCAGGACAAACAACAUCCACUCCCACUCCAACUGGACAGAUGAGGCAGAGGGAUUUCAACAAGCAGACCAG